AUGGUCGCCGCAAAGAAGCACGUUCCCAUCGUGAAGAAGCGCACGAAGCUCUUCAACCGCCACCAGUCGGACCGCUUUAUGCGCGUUGACCGAUCAUGGCGCAAACCCAAGGGUAUUGACAACCGUGUCCGCCGUCGCUUCAGGGGCAACACUGCCAUGCCCUCGAUUGGCUUCGGUUCCAACAAGAAGACCAAGUACAUGAUGCCCUCCGGCCACAAGGCCUUCCUUGUCAGCAACGUCAACGACGUCAACCUCCUGCUGAUGCACAACCGCACCUACGCUGCCGAGAUCGCCCACAACGUCUCCUCGAGAAAGCGUAUCGACAUCAUCUCCCGCGCGAAGCAGCUUGGCGUUAAGGUCACGAACCCCAAGGCCAAGGUCACCACCGAGGUUUAA